AUGAAUUCCAAUUUCUCCACUGACUCACCUGAUUCCAAUCCCGAUUCGACUACUCCCAUGAGCCAGACUACCGUGUCAGUCCCGGCCGGUGGCUCUGUCAUGCCUACUACCGGAGCGUCAAGUUCGCCCAGUCUAUUUUCCACGGGGACACCAUUUCGAAACGCAACACUCGCGCGUCAACCAUCAUUUGAUCAUGGCGGUGAAGGUCGUCUAUCAUCAACUCAAGUCAAGCAACGCUUGAAAACACACGUGUUGAAUCGACGCAAACAGAGUUCAGGAAGCACCGGUUCCAGUGUCGGCAGUCGGCAUCGUCGUAGUGAUGAUCGAUUCGUUCUAGGCUCCCAUCUGAACACUUCACAAGGUUCGGAACCAAAUCCAGCUUCUACGAACUAUCGAGGAGGAGGAGGAGGUGGAGGAUUUUGGGACAGUAACGAUUCGGCCAAUUCAUUUGAUUCAGACUGGAAUGAACCAAUGACUGGUGGUAAGUCUGAACACUCGAUGUAUAACAAAUCAACCGAUAGUCCAUUUGUUGUACCAUUAGAAAUGAUGAUCGUUCUGAUAGGGAAGCCACUCAUCUAUGCUGAUAAAAAAGUUGAAUGGUUGACUACGAAUCAGCAGCUCUGCUAUGAGUCCGUGUGUAGAUGA